CACGGUGCUCUGUGUGUGUGUCCCCCCCAGACCGAGACACCCCCGAGCCAUGUCCCUCACAGAGAGCAGCGAAAGCACCUCCGAGAAACCCGUGUCCCUCAUUUGGGGGUGUGAGCUGAGCAAGCAGAAGGACUCCUACACCUUCCAGAUGCCCGAGGGCUGGCACUGCGAGCAGCAGCUGGCCCUGCGCACGAUCUGCCUGGGGGAGUCGGCCCGGGAUGAAUUCCACGUGGUGGAGAUGGUGGCAGAGGAGGGGGACGCCCGGACCCCGGUGCCCCUCGCCACGCUGAAGCCGUCGGUGCUGCCCAUGGCCACGCUGGCGGGAGUGGAGCUGAUCCCCCCUGUCACCUUCCGCCUGAGAGCCGGCUCGGGGCCCGUCUACAUCAGCGGGCAGUACAUCUCCAUGAUGACCUCAGAUGAGGAGGAGGAAGAAGAAGAGGAGGAGGAGGAGGAGGAAGAAGAGGAGCCCCCUCAGAAACCCCCCAAGGACCAAACCGCCCGGAAAGGCGGCGCUGCCAAGAAGAGAAAGCUGGAGAAGAAGGAUGAGCCCAGGAACAAUGCCGUCCCUGAGGAUCCCCUUCCCGGCAAGGGCCGUGGAGCCGGGAGGGGCAGGAAAGCAGCGCCGAAGAAAUGAUGGGAUGUGUGGCAGGUGCCGGAGAGCCCGAGAGAGCAGCUCUGAUGCUGGUGUCGUUCCCAAAUAAAGGAUAUUUUGCGCUC